AUGUUCGUCAAAGGUUGUGACAGUUACGAAGGACCAGUCAUUCGAAAUCCGAAUGGUACAGUCACCGUUAAUGUUCGAGCAAAGCACAGGUGUAGACAACAAGGAGCAUUAGGACCGUCGAUCAGCCCGCCUUACUCGGUUACGAUCGCUAUCGCCGAGGAUCAUCAGUACUUUGAAAAAGAUGGUUAUGUGUCAUAUUCUGGGACGCUGCACCAGGGGGAUGCCACCAUGAGCUGGAGCGUAGAAGCAAGGAUAGGACACUUGUCCUCUCAUCCGCACCCAGAUUUUGAGCGCGCGCUUCAAACGGGCCCAUUGGUUUCCGGGGAGCUCGAAAUGGUCCAAGGCGGUGCGAUCAUUGGCAGAGAAUUAAACAGUCCAGAUGCCCCAUUGGUGUGCGUUUCGAUCAAUGAUCCAACAUCUCGGCGUUAUGCGUAUGACCUUGAAAUAGGGACGAGAUUCUGUUAUCAAGGGCGGCUGGUUAGGUUUAAAUAUUUGUAUACCCACAUUCACGUCAAUGCUAGCGUAUUCCUACCGUCGUUUGGGGUCAGACACGUGCUUGAGCGAUGCUGA